UCGCCAAAUGGCAACCCUCUUGCUUGACUCACCUCGAACUACACAGCGAAAUGUAGGAGGAGGAGCGGGUGGACUGAUUGCGAGCCGUGGCAAUUAUAUCCGACAUUAUCGCAUCAUUUCGAAUUUUCACAAAGAAAAAUUCUAGCAAUUUGUUAUUCAUUUUUACACAAAUAGUUUUUAUCACGAGUUGCCAUUUCCUGCUCGUGUUCGACACCGAAUCGAAUUCGGCAACGUCAUUUAGAAUCAUACUCCGCAUACUUCGUCGUCUACCUCUUAAAAGAUCAAGGAUGCAGGUAAAAAAUUUCCGAAUUUCAUUAUUGCAGAUUCAAUGAUCGAUUAUCGUGGCCAAUGAUCGUGUAUCACGAUUGAAUUUUUUGAGAAGAAAUUUUUUGUCAAGUCCAGUUUUUAGAAUGCAGAGAAAUAGUUUAUCACAGUUUUAUAAAAAACUUGAAUUUCUUCAUAAACUUGUAGGAUCUAGAUAUCAUACAUACGUGUGUGAUUGAGUAUAUUUAGAUAUGUAGAGAAUAUUGCUCCUCUAAUUUCUACAUUCCCACUGUGCCAAUAUUUUUGUCUCUCGCACUCGACAUCUUUUUCGAUGCUGCAUGAUUUUGAGAUUUACCUUCGCUAUAAUUCAUGCCUGCCCUGGUCGGAACGUAAUGUAAAGGAAUGAAAAGAGUUAUGAACAAAGUCAAUCGAUCUUUUUUCUCUUCUUUCUACGAGAUGUAUCAUUCGUGUGGGAAUAUUGUCGGCGACCAACUCGACCGACCCCUUUGGAUUUCUUUUUCAUGAGAAUCACGAAAACGCGAUGGUUAUGGGAAAGUCAGUGUUUACGAAGCUGGUCAAACAUCGUAAGUAGAUGAGAACCAACUUGAACAGAAUAAAAUAUGCUAUAAGUGUGUCCAGACAGUUGCUCUUCUUCGACGUGAUUAGAUUAUAAGUUUACGAGGAAAGAAGAAAGUGAUCGUCACGAUUAUAUAUAGAACUUAACCGAUAUUUAUUAACAAUUUCAUACCAGUUUUCUUCAGUAUUAUUACACUUUCACUAUUAUUACGCUUCCCAAGUCUGACAUUUUCGUCUUUUCUAACAGAAUUUAAAUGUAUAAUUUCCGCAAGAAGAUAGCAAUUGCUACCCGUGGUCGUUAAUUAAUCAUCAGUUUAAAAACUUGCUAGAUAUUAUGGUAUUAUUAUCGCAAAUUUACCAAGUACCGCAAGUACCAGAUUUGAUAAAAUUCAUAUAUUAUUGCCACGAAUUUACCAAACACUACAAAUCUCCGGAUAAUCAUGUACGACAGUGUACAGUAAGCGACGCGCAAACUUUGAUCGCGCGAAGAUGCUACAAAGCGGAGUAUCGGAAUUGGAAGAGUCACUGACUCUGACGUAUCGUCAGGAACGACCGUUUCGAUCCACGUCAUCGCGAUCGAUUUCUAUGUAACUUUGUUGUGCUUUAGCGGACGCAACGGGCUAGGCAACUAUCGCAUCGGAAGAAGAGGAGGACGCAGAUUAAUCGAGCGUAUCCGAUGCGAUUCGAUCGACCAACUGUCAAUUUCCUGACAAGACGUGCAACGUGCUUCACUAUCUUCGACGUUCCGCUCUCGUAUGAUCGAGCAAUUUCAUACAUCACUAUCUAGUUUAAUUUAGAUGGACGUAGGUAUGUUCAGACUUGGAAAUCGGGAAGGUAGAAUCAGUCGCGUGACAGCUGCGAACGAGUGAGUAAUCGUCGUGAUACUAAUCGACCGUCGACAAACUUUGUACGAGACAAUUCUCUGGGCAAAGGAGUAUAAGCCAGAUUUUGGCCAACAGGAUAAGUACGCUGCUAUUUUUCUAUGUCGUUGUCUUUUGCUUAUGAUUCUAACAGUACGAGUCAAUUUCAAUUUUGCUCCUAUCCUGCUUUUUAACCCGUGGGAUUCCAAAGCUAAGUUCAUUUGAUAGUAAAACUAUCGCGAGUUGCUCUCGAGGAUAGUUCUUUAUCCGUAUCGCUAAGUGAUCGCAUAGUCAGUGUCAACGCAGCGAGAAAUAUUCCCGAGAUCAACUGCAGAUUGUUUUAAUCGCAAAUGAACGCAACUAAGUGAUUGCGGAUUUUGUUAAUACCACCUAAUGACAAAAUCCGCAAUCUCUUAGCUGCCAACCCAAUAUGUUGGAAAUCUAAUGGCUUCGCGUUGGAGAGCUUCUCUGAAAAACUAAUAAUUUUCACUUACGCUCUUUCAGCUGCUAGAAAAUUAUUAAGGAAGAAGGUGACCAUGUUUCGGUUCACACGGGAAUUUUGUGCGACGUUGCUGCUACUGUGCGUCUCAAGAAGCACGCGCCUCUCCGCGUCCUUGGCAGACGCUGAACCUAUCUUGAUACGACCGCUCAAAGUCUACGAGAGUUUGAUCAAAGGUGUUCACGAUCACUUUAACAACACCUGCGUCAUACUUUUUCACGGCACGAUGAACGUGAUAGAAAAGAAAGGAUUGGAAGAUAUGGAUGGGCUGUUGGCGCUCCAAAGGUACUUAAGUGGAUCUCUGAACGUCCGGACUGUGAUUAUGGAUUUUAGCAUGUUCAAGACUCGAGUAGGGAAGACUUAUCAUCACAUCAAAAGGCCGUUGUUCGUGUUAUUGAACGAUCUCGACGAGAUCAGGGAGCAAUUCACGUCGGUUUCCAAAUGGAUCGCGAUGGCUUAUCCGACGUGGUUGCUGUUCCUGAGGGACGGCACUAGAUUCGACGAAUUUUUGUCGAACGUCUACGUACCAUUUGACUGCGUUCUGAUGGUGACUCAAAGAAAUUCGAAGGGAACAGGUGAGAUUGUCCGGGACGUGUACCAAAUCAGCAAGGAGGAUAAUCUGAGAUCGAUGAAGUUUGGCGAGUGGAAUGCGAGAGAAGGAUUCCAGGGACCUCAGCUUGGAUUAUAUCAACGUAGAAACGAUCUAAAUGGACGCAACAUACGAGUGGUUUCCGUUCACGAUCCUCCAGUUUCGCGGAUCAUUCGCGAUAAAGCUGGUCAGCCUUCUAGGAUCGGCGGUUUCUUCGGUGAAGUGAUUCAACUGCUGCAAGAAGGAAUGAAUUGCACGUUUACCUAUAUGGAGGCUAGCUCAUGGGGUACCCGAUUACCAAAUGGCACGUGGACAGGUUCGAUCAGAAUGUUGGUAGAAGACAAGGCAGAUCUCGCGGCAACUGAGCUGAUGAUGUCGUCCGACAGACUGGAGGCCAUUAAAUUUACCACUCCCGUCUACUCGACCAAAUGCCGCGCAUACAUCAGAAGACCGGACACAACAGCAGUGAAAUGGAACACGUACUUGGCACCAUUUGCAUUCAACGUUUGGAACGCUAUCGGUCUGAUCGUCGUGGUAGUAGCGCUGACGAUCACCGGGAUCGAUGCUCUCUCGAGAAAAGUGAAUUGGUUUCCGGUUGAUCUCAGGCCCGAUUCCAGGUCCACCUUAUCCGAGAUCCUCUUCUUCGUAUUUGGUGCGUUCUGUGGACAAGGCAUGGAACCGUCUCCUUUGGAUCCCACGCGACUGGUGCAUCUGAACGUUCACUUGACAGGCGUGGUGGUGCUUGCAGCUUAUUCGGCAGCGUUAAUCAGCUUCUUGGCCAUAAAGACGUUUGUGAUGCCAUUUACCACGAUGGAGGGUUUGCUGAAAGAUGGUACCUAUCGAUUUGCCGUGGUUGGUGAUUCGGCCGAUUACAGUUUCUUCCAGAACACCAGUGACACUGUGCUCACGGUCAUGUUCGAGGAGCUGUUGGCCAGGGAAUUUGAUCUGCCGGUAAAUUAUUUCGACGGUUUGAAUCGUGUUUGUCAGGAGAAGAAAUACGCUUUCAUGACGCUGGAUAAUAUGGCCACCGUGCUGCAAGGAAAAGUCGAGUGCGCGGUAGAACCUCUGGAUGCGAUAAUGCAGACUACGAUAGCUAUGGCAGUCCCGAGUCAUAGUCCUUAUCGUGGCAUUAUCGACACCAACAUUCUUCUGCUACGGGAUAGCGGCAUCCUUCAGCGGCUGCUUAAGCUCGAAUGGUCGAGCCAAGUGCGUUGGGCAAAAUCCGGCUGGUCUUCGGUAGAACUGGAAGACGCAGUGCCUCUACUUCUCUUUCUGAUCUUGUCUUAUUUAGUCACCUGUUUGGUGUUAUUAGUCGAACGAAUAGUGUGUCGCAAUCGAGAGCAACGAUCUCGCGGCGAUCAACGGUUUACGGGAAAUUAGUCGGGCGAAUAU